AUGCUUGGCUUUAUCUUGGUCAUCAUCCGACGAGCCAAUCACAAUGGCAUCUCUGUGAAGUGCCUCUUCUUCUUCUUCAGUCCGUACCGUGGUUCAAUAUUGUGUCAGAAGCCUGGUAACAUAGGAAGUUCUGUGAGAUUUAAGGUUUUUUUUUCUAAAUGGAGUGACUCCAUGAGGUUCGAAAGUUCGAAGGGGUGUGUGACGUGUGACAUGCUGCGCAUAGGUUCGUUGUGUGAGACGACCGACUGGGCUGGGAGUCUCAUUAGGCAGACGUAUUCCUUUCUUUGUACGAGCGUAGAGAUGCCCGCACUCAACCUGGAGACUCCAUCGCUAGCGCUCACCCCUCGGAGCUUCGUUUGCAAGUUCAAUUCCGUUCGGCAUGAAUUAUCAAUCCCUGAUGGCUACAGCGCUGAUGGAUUGGGUAAUCUGCUGGCGGACAAUGAGUCGGAGAGCUAUGAACGAGCACCAGAUGAUACAGAGCCUGAAUUUACAGCCAUGACCACUGACGGUUCGAAGGAGGUUGAUGUUGAGGGUUGCGGCAAGCGCAGACGCAUUGCAAAUACUCAGUAUAAGGACUUUUGGCAGCACUAGGACUUUUUUCGUGUUUUUACUGCAUGUUUUCGUGUUUUUACCGCAUGUCACAACUUAAGUUCGAUGACCUC